ACAGCUACCAGACAACAGUCACCGGCACGCAGACGCUCAGCAAGAGCCAACAGGACAUCGUCGCUCAGCAAGAAACAAGGGGGGCAAUAAUGGCGGAGUACCAGGGCGAGUAUGGACACCCGUACCCGCGCGUCGACCAGUACGGGAACCCCGUGCCGCCGGUGGACCAGUACGGCAACCCGCUCCCGAGGGAGCCGGCGUCCGGUUUCGGCGCCAUCGCUCCCCCCUACAGCGCUGGCGACAGCGCCGCGGGGCACGUGGCGGCGCCUGUCGAGUACGGUGCCGACGCCAAGUAUCCGCACGAUGGCACGGGGAGCGGUGGCGGCGGCGGCGUCACCGCUCCGACCGGUGUGGUGGCGUACUCCAGCGGUGGCGUCGCACCAGCCGAGACGGCGCUUGCGUCGUACGAGGAGGGCAUGGUCCACCUCCAGCCGACCGGGGAGGAGCACACGUUUGGUAUGGCCUCGCAGCUCCAGCCGACCCACGGGGAGGAGCACACGUUUGGCAUGGCCUCGCAGCUCCAGCCGACCGGGGAGGAGCACACGACCCUCGGAGAGAAGCUGAGGCGCUCCGGCAGCUCCAGCUCGUCCUCAGAGGAUGACGAGCAAGGUGGGCGCCGGAAGAAGAGCAUCAAGGAGAAGAUAAAGGAGAAGCUCCCGGGCACCCACAAGCACGAGGAGCAGAAGGCUGGGCACGUGACGACGACGACGACGGGGACGCAUGCAGCGGGGACGCACGAGAAGAAGGGUUUCAUGGAGAAGAUCAAGGAGAAGCUACCGGGACACCACCAUGCUCACUGAGCGUGUGUACCUCAGUUGAGGACUCGGAUUUGAGGGGUCCAGAAUCGUGUGUCGUGCACAGGUCUCUGCAGUCUCUAUAUAUGUUGUGUACGACUUCGGUAGCCUCGACCUCGAUCGCUUGUACCUAGUCAUGCUCAUGCGUGCAUAUUGCUGUGCUCCUUAUAUAUGUAGCAUUAGAAGCUGCGCGCAAGUAGAAUUUGGGUUCUAGUCUAUAUAUACACUGUUAUCGUCGUGUAGGUUUGGCUCUGGCUCGGAGUUGAGUAAUUAUGUUGGGCUCGUUUGGUUUGUGUUUGUAGUAAUCCAUAUGCAUGUUGGCUCU